AUGCUGUGCCCAAAGAGGCCACAGUGCCACGGGGUGCACAGGUCACUGCCCGGCCCAGGCACACGCGCCACGCCCCAGGGCCACACGCAGCGCAACGACGACGCGCGAGCCCAGAACAGCCCGACGUCCAGACAGCGCCGGUGGCAGGCCUGGACACAGCCACACGCCGGCGAGCCUCAGGCAACACCCCUGCAGCCGGGCGCCUUUGGGGUGGGAGCUUUACCCCGCCUGUGUCCCGUGGGCCCUGCCAGCCUGUGCCUGUCCGGGGUCCCCGCGCCCCCCACCCCAGGCUACCACGGGCAGGGACCGCUGCUGCCGCUGGACCGGACCUACGCUGUCCGGAGGAUACGCGACGCCUUCCGAGCCAACAAGGACGUCAGGGACCCCGCGGAAGUCCAGGCUCUGGUGGACAAGGCUAGGCGGGACCUGGGGGUGAUCCGCCGGCAGGUGCACAUCGGUGAGCUCUACUCCGCCGAGAAGCUGGUCAUCGAGCAGCCGCAGCAGCCCCGGGCCUAGGGCCACCCCUGGCCGCCGCAGCCGCAGCAGCAGCCUGGCCCUGCCCCCGCCGGGGUGGGGUGGUGGGGGGCCUGAGCAGGAGGCGCCCCGCCCGCACUCUCCCUCCCCCCCUAAAUAAAGAGAACUGCGCUGAG